AUGAAGAACACAGUUCAGAAGGCAGCACAUCAACUAACGUCCUCUACAACAUCAAUGUCAUCAUUAUGCGCAUCAUCACCUAAUCCACGUAAACGUGUAGCUGCCAAUUUGAGGGAACGUAAACGUAUGCGUCUGAUCAAUCAUGCAUUCAAUGGAUUGCAAUCUCAUUUACCCAAGGAAUUGUUACGUCCAAAUACAUUAUUGAGUAGUAUGAAUUCAAAAAUAUGCACUUCCUUUAUACAUAGAUACCGAAAUUUUAAUGUAGAGUUAAGUAACAAACAAGUCGAUAGUCAAUUCAUAAUGCAGUCUGUAAAUCCAACCAGCUCAUAUUUUCACAAGGAGACCAUUUCAAAAGUUGAUGUGUUAAGGGCUGCAAUAAACUACAUUCACAUACUUGAGGAGAUUUUGGACGAACUGAAAACUGAACAUUGUCCUGGAACAUGGGAUAGUGCUGCUGAUCAGAUGAACCCACGGAAACUGGACUGUAAGCAGUCAAUACCUUGUACAUAUCAUGUUCGUUGUUUAUGUUCGAUCAGACAUUCGAAUGAAGAGCGUGUGAACAAGUACCACAAGCAGUUAAUGGGUGGUACAGUAAUCAAGACAGGUGCAAAUUCUUUGCCCAUAUUUGUUAGCUGGCAACGGGAAUUCCAAAACAGAACAGAAAAUCUAACACACAAUGAACAGCCUUUAGAUUUUACCUCGUACGAAGCAUAUUCAAAUGGUGUCAAAACGUCUGAACCCAGUGCAGCCAAAAUAGACGAGUCAACCGACAUUAGUCACUCAAUAUAUAGGAGAAUACAAAAUCCUCAGCAUAUAAUUCGAUGUAAGCAAACAUGGUGGCCAAAAGUACAAAACGUACACACUUCUGUAAAUAACUCAAGGAAAAUAAUUCAGUUUACUGAUUCAUAUGAAAAUAAAUAA